AUGGCGACUACUGCUGGGGCUUUCAUAGCAGGCGGUAUCGCCGCCUGUGGUGCCGUCACGGCUACACAUCCCUUCGAGACUGUUAAGAUUCGAAUGCAGCUCCAAGGCGAGCUCCAGACCAAGGGCCACCAGCCACACCACUACCGCGGGCCUUUCCACGGCGUCGGCGUUAUCGUGCGGAAUGAGGGCGUACGCGGCAUAUACCGCGGCAUUGGGUGCGCUUACGUCUACCAAGUUCUACUAAACGGGUGUCGGUUGGGGUUCUACGACCCCAUGCGGAACCGAUUGGCCUCACUACUGCUACGCGACGGCGCGGCGCAGAACCUAGGGAUCAAUAUGUUCUGCGGCGCCAGCUCGGGCAUCAUCGGCGCGGCCGCCGGCAGCCCUUUUUUCCUCGUCAAGACGCGGCUCCAGAGCUACUCUCCCUUCCUACCCGUCGGUACCCAGCACAACUACCGUAACGCCAUCGACGGCCUCAGCCAGAUAUACCGCGCCGAGGGUUUCGGCGGCUUGUACCGCGGUGUCGGCGCUGCCAUGAUCCGCACGGGUUUCGGCAGCUCCGUCCAGCUUCCUACGUACUUCUUCGCUAAGAGGCGGCUCGUCAGGCAUUUAGGUAUGGAGGAGGGCGCACCGCUGCACUUGGCCAGCAGUACUGUGUCUGGAUUUGUCGUGUGCUGCUUUAUGCACCCGCCCGACACGAUUAUGUCGCGGCUGUACAACCAAAACGGCAACUUAUACAAGGGCGUAUUUGACUGUCUAGGCAAGACAAUCCGCACUGAGGGGUUCCUCGCUAUAUAUAAGGGCUUCCUGCCACACUUGGCGCGCAUCCUACCUCAUACUAUAUUAACAUUGUCACUAGCCGAGCAGACGAAUAAGCUAAUGCGCAAACUCGAGAUCAAAAUAUUGCCUGCUCCGACGCUAGGGAAGGCUUGA